UUCGUCUGAACCUGUGAUGCUACCACUGGUCCUCCUCACAGACACCAUGAAGAUUAUCAUUCUUGCCUGCCUUGCCGCUCUGGCUGUUGCCACUCCUCAGUUCGAGGACCGAGUGGUCGCCCUCCUUCGCGAUGACCGCGUAGCCAACGAAGACGGCACCUUCUCCUACGCCCUGGAAGCCGACAACGGCAUCAACACAGCCGUUGAAGGAGUUGUUGGAUCAGCCGGCCAGAUCAACCAAGCGGGAUCUUACACCUACACUCUUGCGGACGGUACUCAGGCUGUUGUCACUUUCGUCGCCAACGAGAACGGCUUCCAGCCCCAGUCCAGCAUCCUGCCCACUCCCCACCCUCUUCCCGCCCACGUCUUUGAGCUGUUGGAAAUCGCCGAGCGACAGCGCGCUGCUGGCAUCGUGUUCAACUAAGAAAAAGAGAAAAUAAGGAAAUGAUAUGUAUGAAAGUGAAAUUCAAGUUGAUACAAUAAAUUUUAUGAUUGAU